AUGGCGGAUGGUCUGGACACAGGGCGGAGGUGCUACCUGGACCCCGAGGGCCAGCGAGGGAGAGGAGUCUGGGCUGAGAAUCAGCUCCUGCCCUCUGAGGCCAAGGGUCUCAGUGCCAGGAGUCCCGCCCGACCCGCCUUGACCCCGACCCUGUCCCCCCGCGGCAGCCCACCGGGCCCACAUCCGCCCCAGGGCCUUGGCGCUCUGGAUGCUCCCCCUGCCCGGCUCCCUGCAGCGUCCGCCAGGCCACGGUCCCCCACCGUCAAGCGGUGGCGUGAGCACACAGGGCUGCCCGUUGCCCGCCCCUCUGCUCCCCUCUCUGCUUUCCUGCCCUGGUUCGUGGCAUCAUUCCCUUCCGAGGUGCGGUUCAUCCUGCUGUUUCUCUCACCGCUUCUCUUCUCUCUUCCCCCGAAGGCCCGAGGCUGCCUGGGCUCUCACGGUUGGCCAGAUGAAGGGGUCCCGCGGCUGUCCCCAGAUGGGUGCAUCCAGGGAGGUGGCCGGACAGGCACCUGGGCCCCCCGUCCCCAGCUUCGCUUGCCCAGGGGCCACGGGAGCCCCGCAGCCACGCUCAGUGGUCUUCGUGGCAGCGAGUGCCAGGCAGUUCCGGUGAACAGGGGACAGGGGACAUGUAAAUCACAGGACACGUGUCCAUCCGCUGCUUGUGUCAUCGGUCAGGCUUCCAGGCAGCAGGACACGGCGCGGAGGGAAGAUUUCAGAUGCCAGAAGUUGCACGUGGGAUCUCUACUGCAGGGUCUGUGCACAAGGGCCGAGGGUCACCCGGAUAAGUGUGCACGUGCGUGAGUGACACACGCACCCUCACUGCCUCACUGCUUGAAGUUAUACUGUCUGCGCAUGAUUUUUAUUUCCCUUGUAUUAAAUUCAAAAAAUUUUAAACUGAAUGUACAGUUUCACUCAUUUCAUUUUUUUCACCUUCUAUUAAAUUUUUCUUUCCGAUGCCAUGUUUGAUGUGGAACACGAGAAGUAUUCAGUGUGUUGGGAGUAUCUUCCGUGAUUAUAGCAAAUUUCCCGAAUGUGGCUCAUCCCCGCGGUGUCCAUUUUCCCUGAAAUAAAUGUAUUUGUACGUA